ACACACAACAACACUCAACAUCUUGGAAAAGUGUUUUCAGACCACUUCCACGGAGGGCAGAAGUGGUGGGGAAGAAAGGGGAGGGUCGCAGAUGGAGUCCGAGAUGAGAUAGCGCCGCUCUCACGCUGCUCCAUCUCCUCAGCUUCUGCUUUACGAUGAUGUAACUGCUCGAGGACGAGCCUAAAAGUCGGAUCUUUAAUCGUUUUCGUCUUGUUAGUGAGGGUAGUUUUCUUUCACUUUCGGCGUGUUGCGGUCCGGUCUCCUGGUGCUGGAGAGCGGGGGGGUUUCUGCGAGCUCAGCCGGACGCCAGAGCUGCUGCGCCGGGACGCUCCGUGGCGGUGAGUGCGCGUGAUGGAGCUGCUCGUCGUCUUGAACCGAGGUGCAGUCAUGUGGCAGAGGACUGUGAUUUGUUGGGCACUGUUUGCACUGAGUUCAGCGGCCCCGCCUGCACACAUCAACCGACUGGCACUGUUCCCUGACAAAAGUGCCUGGUGUGAAGCCAAGAACAUCACGCAGAUAGUCGGGCACACGGGAUGUCAGCCACGCUCUAUUCAAAACAGAGCUUGUCUGGGCCAGUGCUUCAGCUACAGCGUCCCCAACACGUUCCCACAGUCCACAGAGUCUCUGGUGCACUGUGACUCCUGCAUGCCUGCCCAGACACAGUGGGAAGUGGUGACCCUGGACUGCCCUGGUAAUGAGGAGUCUCCUCACGUGGACAAGCUGGUGGAGAGAAUCUUCCACUGCAGCUGUCAGUCCUGCAGUAAGGAAGGCGUCCAGGAGGGGGCGAUGAUGCAGAUCUACCCUGCAGACAACAGCGUGGACGCGCCAUCUCUGCCUGAUGCUCUCACCAUGGCCACCCUGUCUGACCCCCUGCCCCACUCCGACACACACACUAAACACGGCCACACGCACAAAGACCACCACCCGCUCCCGCACUCAUCUAACGGAGGAUAGAUGCUUGAAACUUCUCGAUUGAUCUCAAUACCAUAGCACACGCCCUCACCAAGCCACUAUAAUGAAAAUCAAACCUGCUUCGCACAUUUUCUUUUGCCUCUACUUAGAAUAAAAAUAGAUUGUGUGUCUUGGGCAAUGAAACAACUUCCAGCGACUGUAGCAACACAAUAUAUGGAAUAAUUAUUCUUAAUUAAUCAGUCAUUUAGUAUCAUCACUCCAUUGAUGGUUGUGUUACGUUGGCUCUGAUGCAUCAUAAGAACAUCAAGGGAACAAGGUUACUUUUAUUGUGAAAGUGGAAGAAAGAAAAGCACAUAGAAACAAUUUUUACCUGUUCCACUUUCUGUUUAUUAUUCACCAGACUAUCAAUGAUGAACCGAUGGCACAAUGCUGCUCAGAUACUGCUGCUUACAUCACAGCGGAUACAAUAGUGAGACAGACGGAAUCAAGCAUGUUUGUUAUCACGAGUCUUUAGAAACAUGAGGAUGGCGGAGUGGCCGAUCGUCGCAUGGAUGCCGAUAUCAUCGUCAUCGGAGGAGACCUGUGUUCUUGACUGUAGCUGCAGUUUCACUCUGCUUUUAAAGCCAAUAAAUGCUAUU